AUGCGGUCUGAUGUAAAUAACCGACGCUCCGGGCGACAAAAUAGGAAAAAAUGGUGCGAUGGAAUGGCGAAACAUGUUGACGCAGUGAUGAAACGAGCUAAGGAGCGUCGAACUACAUUAACUAACAUAUCCAAAAAAGAUCUUUCAGUACCGCAACGACUAACUCAACCCAUUUCACCUCAUAAACGUUUGAAGGAACGAGCUGGUCUUUGGAUGUUUGCAAAACAAUCGGAAAUUAUCACUGAACCAAAUGUAACGUCUUCUAUACGACGCAAAGUUCAGCAAGAUGUGCGAGCAGUGAUGGCUGAAGAUUCUCGUGAUAGAAGACAAAUGUGGAAUAGAGCAAGUGUAAGAGCUGAGAGUAAUAUUAAUCGCAACGCUAUUUUUCGCAUGGCAUCAUCAGCAGAUAAUAUUUUUGAUAUCCCCUCUCAUUUCAGUUUUGGAACAGAAACAAAUCUAGAAUCACCUGUUAAUGAAACUACAGUCUCCGGUAGGAAAGAAGAUGGCAUGUUACCUUCUUAUGAACUUCCAACUUCAACAAAAAUUGGCAGAAGAAAUAAAAAAAAGCAAGAUUUACUUAUGAAUUUUUAGGGUGAUAAAGACUUGUGUUUGUUUCCUGCAGAUCCUUUAUUGUUAGACUAUGCAGAACGAAUCUUGUCAGCUCUGCCACAUUUGAGCCUUCGAAAUAACGAUCCGACGAGUUAUUCCAUUGCCGCAACAAGCAUUGUAGCUUGUUCCUUACGACGUCAUGGUAUAUAUCCGAAGGGUUCAAAUUUUCAAGAAAAAGAGCAGUUAGAAUCAUCACAAAGGGAGAACAAUAUGCAUGAGAAAUUUUGGCGUAGCUUUUUCGAGAAUUUAUCUCCACUUAACUCGUUUUCGGUAGAUUCGGCGCUUCUGAGAAGCGGCAGUCCAUCUGCAAAAUUAUUUGAAUUUGAAGAUAUCCAAUCCAAUAAUGAGCAUGUGUUAUCAAAUUUUGAUGAUGAAAAUAUUAUCUCGGAUGUAUAUCAGUCGCCAAUUUCAUCUAAUAAUAUGUCAGGUUGUAGCUUUGGCAAUUUUUUUCCAAAAAUUGAAAAAAAUGAUGUUGAAUCUAUAGCAAAUUUAUCGAUUAACUCAAAUGAUCUGAUGAAACUUACAAUGGACGAAAAUUUUUCGAAAAACAUUCCUUGCAAUUCACCGCUACGGCAACCUAGAGUUGAUUUGACUGAAUAUCAUCCGGUUACUGUAAGCACUUGGUUUGAGAGAGACUCGGCAAAUAUGUUGGAUACUAGCAAAGCCAUUUAUCGCAAUACCAAAAAGGACAAGCCAUGUCAAGAUUGUCAACCAAUGGAGUGUAGUUCCAUUAAACCUAUCGUUAAUCAAACAAUAAAUAAGAAUCAGUGGAUGAAAAAUUCUUUAGUAAGGAAGAAAAUUUGUUCCGAAAUACCAGAUUUUCAUUUCAAAUCAAAUCGUGAGACAUACAGUGCUUUCGACUCAAUUUAUCCUUCCCAGAUGUCACAUUUUAGUUUUGAUUUCUGA